GUUUCUCCACGUCCAUCUUUCUCUUUUAGAGUUCCGUCAUAAAUUAGCAUAUGUCGAGAGAAACAAACCCGACAGACGACUCCUUUAAAAAGUUUGCUUUAUGCUUGGAAACAGCGUUGUCUUUGUUCCGUUUAUAAGUUUGUCGACGUAAUCGACAAACACUGAAAUUACUUUUUGAUCCGUGUCCGCAAGCUUCGGUCAUCGCGUUGACGGAUUAGGAUUGGGUAUCGGUGGAAGCAUUUUUAUUUAUAUUUGAAGUCGAGAAGAGAAGAGUAAAGAGCACCAAAAAUGGCGGAGGGCGGGGAUUUCAAGUGUAUCCCAGUAAUUGAUAUGCAAGAAUUUGAAGGUGUAGAGCAGUAUAGGAAACUGAGAGAAGCGUCUGAGGAAUGGGGUUGUUUCAGGAUCGUCAACCACAAUAUCCCUGUAGGACUGAUGACAGAAAUGAAGAAAGUGGUGAGAGAUCUGCUUGACCUUCCAAUGGAAAUCAAAAGGCGCAACACCGAUGUGAUUGCCGGCAGCGGCUACAUGGCACCAAGUGAUAAAAAUCCUCUUUAUGAGGCCUUGGGCCUCUAUGAUUUGGGAUCCCCUCAGGCUCUGCGUGACUUUUGUUCUCAGUUGGGUGCCUCUCCUCACCAAAGGGAGAUACUAGAGAUGUACGCUCAAGCAAUACAUGAUUUGGCGCUAGAUUUGGGACGAAAGUUGGCAAAAAGCAUGGGGUUGUUUAGCGAUUUGUUCAAGGAUUGGCCUUGCCAGUUUAGGAUAAACAAAUACAACUUCACUCCCGAAACUGUUGGAUCGUCUGGUGUACAAAUUCACACAGAUUCUGGGUUUCUAACUAUACUUCAAGAUGAUGAAAAUGUUGGUGGUCUUGAAGUAAUGGACAAAUCUGGUGCAUUUGUAUCGGUCCAUCCAUGGCCAGGCACCCUCCUAGUCAAUCUUGGGGACCUUGCUAAGGUAUGGAGCAAUGGAAGGUUUUGUAACUUGAAGCAUAGAGUACAGUGCCAAGAAGCUAGCAUCAGAGUGUCUAUUGCCUCUUUUCUCUUGGGACCGAAGGAGGCAGCGGUUGAAGCCCCACCGGAACUUGUGGAUGCCGAACACCCUCGUCUCUACGUCCCUAUUACUUACGAAGAUUAUAGAAAACUCAGAAUUGCAAAAAAAUUGCAAGCGGGUGAAGCCCUCGAACUGAUGCGCGCCCACUCUUGAUCGAUCAUGGCAUGCAUGCAUUCCACCCAUAGGCUACCUCUCCAACGCAGGUUCCAGCAUGUGCCAUGCAGGUUGGGCUAGUGGAAUGCCCACCAGGCAUGCCAUCCAGCGCGUGGCUCCAGCCUAAUGCCCAGUCCAUCAGCCUGGGCCAUGCAACACGCACACAUGACUCACCAUUAGUAGGCCUUGCAUGGCACCAGAUCAUGCCCAUUAGCAAGCCCGUGCAUGGCACCAUGCCAUGCCCAUCAGCAAGCCAUGUGGUGCCAUCGAGCCAUGCACCAACCCGAAGACCACCAUGCACCAUCCUAGCCCAUCCUGGGCUCAUACAUGCCACGACCAACUUGGUCCAUGCCACUAUGUUAUUUCAUUUAUUUAUUUAUUUAUUUCAAGAGAUCUAUUGGGAGUUUCCAAAUUGUAACUCUUAUUAAUAAGACCCUUAGUAUCUUUUACAUCUUUUGGACAAUUUCCUUUUGGACGGUUUUGUUCUUGAGAUCAAUAACUUCGGUGCUUAGCACUUGGGCUCUUUGGAGUGCAAUUCGUGAAUCCCCAAGGAGAGGAUCACACUUUGCAAUUCGUGAAUAAGUGUGAUCCAGUUUAUCAAUCUUAUGAGUAUUUUUCAUCC